UUCGAUUUUGGGUCAAAGCCAAAGCGUUUCGUAUUGGACCACCGCCACACCAGCUUAUAGAAGGAAAACGGUCAGAUCAAGUGUUAUAUGUUCCUUGUAGCCGACUUGGUUCUAGUGUUGGCAAGGGAGAAACAGUUUACAAGAAAGUCGCUGUUGUGGAGAAUUUUUUUCGACAUUAUCUAUGGUGUUCACGUUGAGAUGGAUGGACGCGGAGGAAAACAUGCAGGACAAAAACGAACUUAUAAAGCGAUUGCCAAGACGUACGCAUUUCUACCUCGGGAGGCGGUUACACAUUUCCUUAUGUCCUGUGCCGACUGCCAGAAACGGAUGCACCUCACCACGGAGGGCACUACUAACAACAACGGACGAAAAGGCGGUUGCCAAGGUAACAGAGAGCGUGGGGAUAGCAGCGGUAGCAGUUCCCCGGAAUCUGGAUCACCUUCCCACGAAGAGUGCAGCGCCACACCUGAGAUAGCGGCCGACAUUGACUACAGUUUACCAAUUACCACCACAUAUUUGAAACGUAUGAGAAGUUUAGGGUUUUCGGAUGAGGAUGCCUUGAAUCCCGAAAGGGAGCAAGUAGAAGCGAACAUUGAGUGUGAGAGUACAACAGAAACUCCAUCUAACGAAAAUGUAGGAAAGCAAAAUAAGACCGGAGACAGUUAUGAUGCUGACAGUCAAAGCGAAACUCUUAUGGAUACAUCAGAACCCUCUGGCGAAAAUCAAGGUGUCGCACCACUCGAUAAAGAUAGCAACAUGAAUUAUGAAAAGAAAGAAAACGAGAAUGUUCAUUGGUCUGGAGUAGAACCAAUCAAUAUGAUCAGAGGUUCCAGUUCCCGAGACUAUGCUGCUUCAGGAUAUCCUCCUGAUCAUUCGUAUGAUAGGAAUUCGAAUCCCUGUAAUGGCGCUGUUCAACAGGAAACAUCGAUAGAAAAUGACGACACUUUGCUCACUACAAAAGAUGAAGAUGAUGAAGAUGACGAUGACGACUCAGACAAGAUUGAUACAAAUAAGUACGACCCUGACAGGCUAAAAGCUUUCAAUAUGUUUGUGCGUUUGUUUGUGGACGAGAACCUGGACCGCAUGGUGCCUAUAUCUCGACAACCAAAAGAGAAGAUUCAGGCUAUUAUUGAAUCCUGUGCUCGACAAUUUCCAGAACUUGUGGAAAGAGCAAGGAAAAGAAUUCGAACAUACCUCAAAUCAUGUCGCAGGGCAAAAAGAACACGUGAUCAGAAUGGGUUAGAAUUGGGACGAUCAGCACCACAUUUGUCUUCUCCUAUGGCUGAACAAAUUUUGUCCACUGCCUGUGAAAACGAAAGCCAAAACGCCAAAAGAAUGCGACUUGGACUAAAGCCUCUUGCAGUUGAAAUAACGCGCUCACGAGCAACACCACAUUCGACAUGCAACUCUAUGUCCAGUUCCCAAGCUGACACCGACAUACCACGGUCAUCUACUAUUAUGAAUAAAAGUCAGCAAGCUCUCAACCAAGACUCACAACUUCACGCGCAACUCACGCAGUCUGCUCACCAUUCUUUGUUGGGAUCCGGAAGAAAUAUGGCCCACCCAAGCACAUCUGGCUCGACAAGAGUUCUCAUGGUGAAUGGAGGAGCCCUUACAUCCCAGCCGUCCAACAGUUCACUUCUAACUGACACCAUAUAUCGGGGAACAUCACAAUCAUCUUUCCAUUGUAACGCUUUCCCUCAACAUUCCAACAGCAGCCACUUGAGCUCUUCAUCCACUACGAUCACAAAUGGUCCCACAGACUUGAGUAUGAAGAAGACAGCUACAACAAAGUAUUCCUUAAAUCCAAGUGAAGUCAAUGCAGUCAAACAGCUGGUUGCUGGCUACCGCGAAUCCGCGGUGUUUCUUCUGCGAUCAGCUGAUGAACUGGAACAGUUGCUUUUACAACAAAAUUAAUUUUAUACACCAAUGUUUACCUCUUUGGUAUAAAAUUUGAAUAUAGAACGAUCUACCAUUAAGACCCUUCUAAGGUAACAGAACUGUAACCAAGUUAAUGGUAAUAAUGCUAUGAUUUUUUUUAUGAUUUUUUUUUUUGGUACAGAGUUGUGUACAAAUAUAUUUUGCCGUUUUUAUUAGCGAUCUUAUACUUCACGGUGUUAUUGUAUUAUUUUGCUACUAAAAGGCACCGAAAAGUUAUUUUCAUGUGCCAAGACUGAUUAUGACAAUGAUCUCUAAAAAUGUACGGUGUAGUUCGUCUAUAACAACCAAGUUUCUUGGAUGUUGUCUUUUGAAAUGAUCUUAUAUUGCUGUGCUUACCUGUGGAAUGUAUGAAAUAUUGUCAAUGUUCAGAAUUCUUUAUGUGUUUACCUGCCGAAGAUGCAGAUGGUACAAAAUGAUGAAUAGUUGCAUUGACAUAUAUUCCAAAUGGUGAAAAUUUGUAUUAAAAAUAUACUUUAAAAAUUCUUUAAUCCAUAAAGUUUUACAAGUAUUGAAGAACUGUGUUGUUUAGUCCUGGUCCAGUGUCGUUUGUAAUGAUUAGUAAGUUAAAUGUAAAAUAUCAGAAGAUAUUACUCAAAGUUAUUGAGGUUGUCCAUUAUUAUGUUUUUGCAUAUUGACUAUUUGUACAAUUUUGUCUUGAUUUUCGAGGCAUGUUACUACCCCUAGUCAUUAGAAGUGUAAUGAGGAGAAAAAUAAGUCAUAUCACGAGUAAAAUAUUUAUACUUUCGAGCUAGUCAAAAAAGUCAUUAAAAAUAAAAAACUUCCCUAUGUUCUAAACUGUUUCUUAUACUGAGGCUAUGCGUAAGGAAAAUAUACAUUCCAUAUUUACUGAGUUUUGGAAGUAAAUGUAUGAAUAUCUUGAACAGUGUCGUAGUGUUAGUGCAAUACCAGAAGCAUAUGAUUGUUUAUUAAUAGUAAUUAGCUCCGGCCAUCAGCGAUGAUCAGAAAUCUCUCGAAGUGUGGCAGGUAGGUUAUUAGUUUGUUUUGGUACUUUGUGUAUUCUCAUGAGACUUGGAUUACUUUCCGGCUUUAGAAAAAGCUCCAAGCAAGGCAGAAGUUACUUGGGUGUCCGACUUUGAACAUCUUUUGACUGGUCUUCAAGUUAUAAACGUGUUUAUAUAUUUGAUACAGUCCUUUUCUUUAUUAUUAUUAUUUUUGAUUUGAUUAAUGUGUGAUUGAAAAAUAACUUCUAGUAUAUUUAAUGUUAAUUAAAAUGUUUUGUUAUUGGAACGAAAGUGAAAGAUUUGAAGUGUUGUUGAAAUGUAAGAUUAUUCUAAGUUUAAAAGAUUGAUCUGAAAAGAAAUACUACAGCAUUUCAACAUAUAGUAUAUAUAUAUAAACACACAGAUAGAGAGAGAAAAGAAAUUUACGUACUUAAUGAAAUAUUAGAUUAAGCACUCAAGCUGUGGUUAUUGAAUUCCCUGAGUAUCCUAUUUCACAAAAAUUACUUUGUUUAAUUUGUGAGUGCGUGUGUGGCUUUAAAGCACACUUAAUCCGUUCUGUGUUUCUUACGGUGUAAUUCACUCAUUUGUGGGCAGCCGUGACAACUGUUCAUACAGCUUGUUAUGAUUAAUUCGGUAAAGGAACUGUCAUUCAGAAGGCUCUUUAUAUAUAUAUUAUUCCUGUAAACUCCCAGUGGAGCAUAGGGCCGCAACAACACCUCGCGACCAGAAGUUGUUGUUGCUGUUACUUGUAGCAGGUUGAUUUUUACGGGGUGGAGUUGCUAGCCCCGCGCCCAACCCUCC